AUGGACAGCGUACCGAAGAAAGAUGCUCGAAUUCACCGUAGAAUCACAAGCACCGCCGGUCUCAGGACCUCCGCUAACCCUUCACAAAUCGUGAUCGCCGCGAACAGGGACCCAAGCCACCCCACCUCUCAAGCACUCGCCGACCUUCCUAAGGGCGAUGACAGCAAGUUGAUUGUGGUCAAGUAUGACGCGGGCGUUGAGGGGGCUGCCUUUGAUGCCCUAGAACAGGCCCGGGGACAGGGGGUUACGCACCUUGAUGUCGUCGUCGCCAACGCCGGCAUUGCCAAGCUUUAUCCCCUUGUGAAGGAUGCCCAGCGCAGCGACCUCCUAGAGCAUUAUCAUGUGAACGUCAUUGGUCCUGUCGAGCUUUACCAAGCUACCAGAGAUCUACUCGAGAAAUCUUCCGGCAAACCCGUCUUCGCGAUUCUGGGUUCCGGUGCCGGCGCUCUCGGACGACAACCGUCUGUCCCAAAUGCGGCCUAUGGGCCCUCGAAGGCCGCCGUCACUUGGUACGGCGUGAGGCUCAAUGCCGAGGACGAGUGGUUGAAUACCUUUGUCAUUGAUCCUGGCUGGGUGCAGACCGACAUGGGUAACGCAGCCGCCAGCCUCUGGGGUAUCUCUGCGGCUCUCACGACGGAGCAAGACUCUGUCAAUGGCAUCUUCAACCUCGUCACGAUCGGGACCAAGGAGAAGUACGGUGGCAAGGUGGUGCUAUACAUGGGUGAAGUCCAAUUUUUUUAA